UGGAGUUUCAAAGGAAGAGCAAGAAAGAAAGAAAGAGUGAGAGAGUAAGUGUGUGUGUGUGUGAGAGAGAGAGAGAGAGAGAGAGAGAACGGGAAACCCUAAGUCUCUCGCUUAUAAAGUCUUGAGCGGCCCUCGGAGAGCAAGCAUAAGCCGUAUUGGUACAGAAGAAGGUUGAUCAAAGUUGGUGCCUGCCUGUCUUUGAAGAGCCGUCGGGAUGCCGAAGCGCAGCGCCUGCACCUCCUCCGCCGUCCUCUCCAUGGGUUGCUGGCUUCUGGUAACCUUCUGCCUAAACCUACCCAGUUCGUUGUUGGCUCACAGUAUCUAUACCAGAGGACUAGUAGCUAACGUAAGCAAUUGGUGGGAAAGUUCUGAAGACUUGAUGGAAGCAGCAGGUGUGGCACUGCAGCAGUUCAACAAGAAAGGAUUUCAAUGUAUUUUGCACAAUAUUCCCACUGAAAAUCCUAAGAAUGAAGAGAAGAUCGGGAAAGCAUGUAUGGCAGGAAAAUCAAUGCCUGGCUCCUGUUCUUCAGAAGAAAACAACACUGUUGAUGAGGCUGCCUGUAUAAAUACCAUCUAUAACAUUUUGAAUGCCUAUGCAGCGGAAAUCAAUGACCCAGAUCUUUCGAAUGCUAUCUAUCAUAUGAUGAAGACUUUGAAACCUGAAAAACCCAAGAUCUCAGAGCAACGGCUCUCCUCACCACAGGACAUAUUAAAUGAAAGUUUUGAAAUGGACAUGAAGCAAUGCAAGCUUUUGCUAGCUUUCCAACAGCUUGCUGAGACCAUCCACAGAUGCUUUAGCUACCAGAUGUCACUUGAAAUGUAAAUCUGAAGCUGAAAGAAAUAUUACUUGACAUUCCUUAUGCUGACUACUGUUUUUAGAAAUAAGCUUUCAA